AUGUUCUGUCACGUCGACUUUCUGCCAAAGGAGCGCAUGCUUCAUAUUCUCAACACCACACCGCAACGUCCAACAUCAACCACCACCAACCCCGUCCGCCCCUCGCAUCGUCUAUCAGUCCGGGACAGGCAGACCUUCUCCUCUCCCUUCCUCGUCGCCAUCGUCAUGCCGCCGAGGAAGCGACCGCGAGGACAGGCGGUCUCCACGCCGUCGUCGACUCGCAAUGCCGAUGCCAUUGACAUCGACACCCCUCGAUCGACCGCCACACUCGCCCCAUAUCCCGCCACGGCGCCAAAGCGAACUGUGGCGAACCUGAACGACCUCUGGAGCGACGACCAAGUCGCAUCGCUCUUCAAGGGCGUCAUCCGCUGGAAGCCCGCCGGUAUGCACAAGCAUUUUCGCAUGAUUUCUAUAUCCGAGCACCUCCGGAAUCACGGCUUCGAUCCCGACGUCUACCCGCACACGCGCAUCCCCCACAUCUGGCGCAAACUGCGUACCUACUACAACCUCGACGCCAUCGACGAACGCGAGUUUUUCGACGACGACGACGUCAUCAGCGACAAGUACAAGGACUUUUCCCUCCCCGCUUCCCGCUUCCGACAGUUCAUGAUACAGCGUGCUGUUGCCGAACCCAGCGAUGCGCCCUCAUCCCCGCCCCAACUAGAUCUGUCUCCUGCGCCGCCGACCGCCAGCCGGAAGCGCACGCGCACCUCCAUGGCCGCGUCCACAGCGACGGCGACGCCUACGGCGGCUGCUACGGCGACGAGAACGAGGGCCGCCUCGGCCGAGGCUGCUCGUGACGGGCAGCCCGCAGCGUCGCCACGGCCGAGGUCGACGAGGGCCUCGAGAGUCUCGAGGGGUCGGACUCGUGCUGCGAGCCAGCAGUCCAAGGUGGAAAAGGCCAAGGAGAAGGCAGAGACGACCGAAGAGGAGGAAGAAGAGGAGGAGGAGCAGGAAGAAGAAGAGGAAGAAGAAGAAGAAGACGACGAAGAGGAGGAAGAGGAGGAUGGGGAGGAUACGGAUGAGAAGAGUUCAUCAAGCGACGAGGAGGCGAACACCGUCGAACGGGGUGCGCCGUCUUCCAGAGGUCCACGGGGAGGCGCACGAGGUCGUGGACGAGGACGAGGCAGGGGCAGACGAGCUGGCAGAGGGCGAUAG